UUUCCCUUCUAUUUAAACUAGAAAAAUAUUUAAAGUAUUAAUGUGUGUAUUUAAGCAUGUAUAGUGAACUGGAUAUUGUUAAAAACUGUCGCAAAGCUGUCCAUAUAAUUUACUUAUCGGCCACAUUUGAUAUGAUGCAGACAAAACGUUUUUUACCCUGUCAUAUGUUAAUGGUCUCUCCAUAUCCCCCGUCGUAGUCUGCCAAUGCGCAAGCGUACAAAAAUGGCAACCAUUUAAGGUGGGUGUCGGGGUUGCGAGGAACUUGCGGAAGAAGCUUUGAGAAAAAAAUUGUGGCAUUCAUUACUUAUAUCCGCAGAGGUUAACGCAGAAGAACUCAAGACAUCAUCAUGGAGAAUCCUAUCAUUACCUCAAUCAAAAGGUCUGAGCUUGAUGAUAUUGAUUUUAACAUGGAUAGCAGUGGCAGUGCUGAUGAGGACGAUCAUGACUUCACUGACGCCGAUGCGGCUAUUGAUCGCAUGCUGGAUGAGCUUCAAGACUUCACAUUUGAGCUUGAAGGUACCUCAAAUGGAAAUUCUGGCACCACUACGACAUACGAGCCAUUAAAUUCGGAACCAAAAAGUCCCAAGAGCCCAAAGAUACCCACAGUGACCUCCUCAUUGGAUCAUUUGAGGUUUUCUACCAUUGCUAUUGAAGAUACCCCAGAUGUUGAUCUCGAUGCUUUACUGGAAGAUCUUUGCAGCAUGGAAAAGGACAUGAUGAACAGUGUAAACGACAGUGGUAUCUCUUCGAAUUCAUCUAUGACAAUUUCGUCCUCAAGCACAACCUAUUCCGAAAGUUUCUCCAAUAUUUCUCAACCAAGUGGAAGAGUUAUGUCGCCAAAAUCGCCAAUGUCACCAAAAUCGCCAGUUCCUGCAAAUGUUACUUCCGAUGUGAGAGAUCGGCUGGAGAAUCUGCAAGAAGAAACGAGGGAGUUAACACCAGAAGAACAAGAAGCAAGAUUUAAGGCAGAAAAGAUCAAGAUUGCACUGGAAAAAAUGAAAGCUGCAAGCGUACAGAAACUGGUCGUUAAAGUCUUUGACGAUAACUUGGAGACAUCGAAAACGAUGUUAAUAGACCAGACUUGGACUGUGAGAGACAUCGUGACGAAAAUGGUGAAAAAGAACGACGUAGAAGUUGACCCAAAUUGGUCUUUGAUUGAAAAACUUCCCGACAUGCAUUUAGAGAGAAUAAUGGAGGAGCAUGAAAAUGUCCUUCCUGUCGUGUUUGAUUGGACGAGGGAUACCACAAAUAUGCUUGUGUUUACAAAGAGGAGAGAUAAAUUCACCUUAUUCCGUAAUCCACAGAACUUUCUUUUGGCUUCGGGUACAUCAGCUGGAGCAGCCCAGUUGGCUGAAGCAAGCAAAGAUAUUUUGUUAGAGGAAUUCUUCACACGGGAGCAUACAAGGAUACCAGAAGUAGAAGGUGUUUUGUGGCUCAGAGAAGGCAAGAAAACAUGGCAGAAGCAUUAUUUUGUUUUGAGAGCUUCAGGUGUUUACUACACCCCAAAAGGCAAAACCAAGGCGUCACGUGACUUGAUUUGCCUCGUAAAAUUCGAAUACGCAAAUGUCUACUUAGGCGUUGGCAUGAAGAAGAAGUAUCGAGCGCCAACUGACCACGUGUUUUGCCUGAAGCACCCAAAAGUGCAGACGACCAAAAGCAAGCAUGUCUAUUUCCUUUGCACUGAAGACCAAAAGACCAUGCACCAUUGGGUGAUUUCGAUCAAGAUGGCCAAGUAUGGCUAUGCCAUGUACGACAAUUAUUUGCAAACACAGCAAAAUGUUGAGAAAGAGUUGAUGUUGACGAAUUUAGCCAACAGAGGCACUGCAAGUGUCAAGUUUCAGGAUGAGGAGGAGGAAUUCCAGGAGAGACCGGGCAACAUGAUGAGAAGAGCAUCAGCAUCAUACAAAGAAGGAACCCAGGGAAAAUCGUCAUCUCUGACGAGAGUGAAAGGCCAGGGAACUAGCAAUCUGGGGUCUCUAUUUUCUGACGCAUGGAAGAAGGGAAUUGAUGAAUCUGUGGAAAGUUUAGACAGGCGAGAAAGGGGAAUAACAUUAGAAAGGAACGAGCCUGUUCAGUCACCAGACGACCCACCCCAGACCUUUAGCGUCACCAACAGAGCAGCAAGCAUUUCAAGCAAGAGCUCCUCUGGAAGGGGAUCAUUUGAGUCGUCAUCAAGCAAAGCUUCGUUAAAGACUUCUUCAAGCAGGGGCUCAUUGAAAUCGACGGGAUCGCUUGAUGAACAACCCAAGCAGUUCAUUCUCGAUCCGGCACCAACCAAUCGAGUUGACAGGAAAGACACAAAUGAUGCAGCUGUAAUCGACACAAAACAACCAGCGGCUCCAUCUCCUCCUCCUGUUAUUACCUUCCCUCCCCCACCUCCGCCACCACUAAAACCAAACACCAACGCAAAAGCAGCUUCACCUCAACCGCCACCUCCGCCGCCAAUCAUUUCCUCGACGUCAACAAACGAACCAUCCGUCGACGAGCUUCUGUCUGAAAUGGCGGAUUUUCUACCACCACCACCUCCAUCUCUCACAAACCUCACCCCAAGCCCAACUUCAGGAUCAUCCCCUUCACCAACUUUUGAUUUCCCCUCACCGCCCCCACCAAUACCACCUCCUCGAAGAUCGUCUAUGAGUACUCGCUCCACGUCAUCGACAAGCAGCACCACGUGAUUUGCGGAAAAGGCAGAAAACUGGUAAUGAAUAUGCUGAAGGACACAUAAUGACAGCAAAUGGUCGUUUGAGAUUUCAACUUGAUUACUGAUAUGACAAAGUUUGCAGCGUUAAUCAUAUCCCCUUUUUACGUAUACUAGCCAUAGAAUUUUUUGCACUUAAUUUUUCAAGAAUUUAGUGGGGAUGAAAAUAUAUUAUAUGAUAUUAUUGUAUUUAAGAUAUUCUGUCGCAAAGAUUUGAUAAUUAAGAGAUUUAUGGUAACUCUUAAAAAGAAAUAUUUUCUACUUUAAAUAGCUUUUUCAUGUGCUAAGUCUUUAAUCAUAAUAAUCUUUAUUUUAAGAUCUUGUUAAUCAUGGAUGGAUCCGUCUAGACCACCUGAAAAUUUAUUUUUGUCUCUAAGAUUUUCAGCCAGCUAUUGAAAUGUUUUUUGUGCCUCCUAGUUAUUGAAAUAGUUUAUUGCUACAAUAUAUUAACCCUUCUCAAAUCGAGUCUAGUCAAGUAGAAUCAAAUGCUGGAAUUGGUUUUGGAAGGACUUUACCCACACUUUUUUUCGAAUGACAAUUUGCACAAAGCAAGGUGCUACAGAACAGAUACUUCAAAGAAGUUGCAACAACGUUUGCAAUAAUUCAACUCACCAACCAAAUUAUAUUGUAUAUUUUCUCAUUUGUAAAUUGCUAGCUCUCUUAGAAGAAAUUGUAGGUUUUCAGGAGGCUCUUGUUUCAUUUUCACAAAGAAUAUUAAAUAUGUGUGGAUAAUACGAAAGCGUUGUUUAGAUUGUUUGCAACUUUAAUUUAGGAUUAAGGGGCUAUUUUAGAGCUCUCUUCGGUUGUUUUGAAGUUUGUAGAUAACAUGAAGCAUUCAAUUUUUUGUUAUCGAUAUGAUGUCAAAUUUA